AUGGCCCCGGCUGGCCGAGGCCUGGACAAGGGACCCUGCAGUGCGGGGCCUGACGGGCGGCUGGCGGAAGCCGCCCACCGGCCACCUGGAACGAGGCCGCAGUCUCAGGCCCCCGCACUGGUGGCCUCUUCCCUGGUGGCGCCACCCUCCCUGUCCAAAAUCCCGGCCUUCUCCCUGGGGCUGUGCCGAAGGAAGACGCAGCGGGGUGUGACCGGUCAGCAAGUGUGUCCUCAAAGCUUCCGGGGCCUGUUAGAUGGCCCCAAGGCCAAGGCCCCCCACCCCAGGUUCAAAGUGGCAGAGACCAACCCCGUCCCCCGCCACCUCCACCAGCAUGGUGGGAAAGGGGAGACCAUGAAGUGGAGAGGCCGUGAAAGGGGAGCUGAAUGCUUCCCGGCCUGCCACCCCCAAAAUGGAUUCUGCGAGGAUGACAAUGUUUGCAGGUGCCAGCCUGGCUGGCAGGGUCCCCUGUGUGACCAAUGCGUGACCUUUCCUGGCUGCGUUAACGGACUCUGCAUGGAACCCUGGCAGUGCAUCUGUGACGACGGCUGGGACGGGAAUCNCCUCCCCGCAGACAUCCGGGCUUGCGCCUCGACCCCCUGUGCUAACAGCGGAACCUGCAUGAACCUCGAGAAGGGCCACUAUGAGUGCUCCUGUGCCCCCGGGUUCUCUGGGAAGGACUGCCAGAGGAAGGAUGGGCCCUGCGUCAUCAACGGUUCCCCCUGCCAGCACGGCGGCACCUGCGUGGACGAGGACGGCCGGGCCUCCCACGCCUCCUGCCUGUGCCCCCCUGGCUUCUCGGGCAAUUUCUGCGAGAUCGUGGCCAACAGCUGCACCCCAAACCCGUGCGAGAACCAAGGCAUCUGCACCGACAUCGGGGGCGACUUCCGCUGCCGCUGCCCAGCUGGCUUCGUGGACAAGACCUGCAGCCGCGCGGUGACCACCUGCACCGCCGACCCGUGCCUGAACGGGGGCACCUGCCUGCAGCACACCCAGGUGAGGUUCGAGUGUCUGUGCAAGCCCGAGUUCACAGGCCCCAUCUGUGGCAGGAAGCGCGCGGCGAGCUCCCAGCAGGUCACCCGUGUGCCCAGCGGGUACGGGCUGACCUACCGCCUGACCCCCGGGGUGCACGAGCUGCCCGUGCAGCAGCCCGAGCACCGCGUCCUGAAGGUGUCCAUGAGGGAGCUCAACAAGAGCACCCCACUCCUCUCCGAGGGCCAGGCCAUCUGCUUCACCAUCCUGGGCGUGCUGACCAGUCUGGUGGUGCUGGGCACCAUGGGCAUCGUCUUCCUCAACAAGUGCGAGGCCUGGGUGUCCAACCUGCGCUACAGCCGCGGGCUGCGGAAGAAGAAGAGCCUCCUGCUACAGUACCACAGCGGGGAAGACCUGGCCGUGAGCAUCGUCUUCCCGGAGAAGGUCGACAUGGCCACCUUCAGCAAGGAGGCCGGCGGCGACGAGAUCUAA